UUAUUACAAUCAUUAUCACUUAGUCCAUCACUAGCUACAGGGUACGUACGUGUGCUGCAAGUCGACGCACUAGGUGCAAGGUAUAUAUGAUAUCGAUGGAGGCAGGUGGGCGGUGGAUGAUGGAUGGCACGGCGGCGUCAGCGUGGACACCCGGCGGCGAUGAUAAUAACCACCAUUUCUUGGGUGUGGGGUACCGGUUCCGGCCGACGGACUUGGAGCUGGUGGAUUACUUCUUGAGAGGGAAGAUUAUGGGUGUGCCCAUCACUCAUCCGAUCAUUCAUACCAUUAAUAUCUACGAAACCCAUCCCAGGGACAUUCUUUGCAAGUACGGGACAGUGGGAGAAGAUGCAUGCUAUUUCUUCGUGAAGCAGUCAAGGAAACGGCCGAGCAGGAAAGCCGGGAAUGGGUAUUGGAGGGCAUCCGGUUCUCAUCCGGUCCGGGCCGGAAAGAAGGAAAUCGGGUCCAAGAAGACAUUUGCAUAUCACGAAGGCUUUCAACAAAAGAGUGGUUUCAAGGGACUGAAAACGGACUGGCUCAUGCAAGAGUUUACUCUCAAUCAUAAUACUGGAGAUGACUAUGUGCUGGUAAAGAUUUAUUAUCACAAGAAAAAUGGAAAGGAGAACAUCACUUAUGAUGAGGAGGAGGAGGAGUUCAACAAUAAUUUAAUUACCACACCAUCAGAUACACAUCAUGAUGAUCUACUUGUUCCUGCGGCUAAUAACAUGGAGCAGCCCGCCUUAACUAUCACUGGUGAUCAUGAAAUAAUUGAUGAGACCAUGCUGAGUAGUUCAUCACAGCCCAUGGCCAUGUCCACUCAAGACUGUAUGCAGUGGCUUGAUCAAUUUGAUCUCGAAGAUGAACUCAAAUUGAUUAUGGGUUCAAACUUUUCUACCAAAGAUUUUGAGGAUAAUGGGUUCAACAAUAAUUGUACCACACCAUCAGAUCUGCUUGUUCCUGCGGCUAAUAAUAUGCCCUUCACUAUCACUGGUGGUGAUGAAGCUGUUGAGACGAUGAUGACCAGUUCACCACAGUCCAUGUCCGAUCAAGAUUGUCUGCGCUGGCUUGAGAACUGCUUGUUGGCUGACUGAUCCGAGAUCCAUUAAUGCAUGUGAGCGGAAUGACUUGUACUAUGUAAUGGUGAUCAGAAGAGUACAAUAUUAAUGAGAAUGAGAGAAGGCUUGGACAUUAGCCUAAAAAGUCCCGUGGUUUUCUCCCUUUCGGGUUUCCACGUAAAAAUCGAGUGUUCAUA